AUGAAAUUUAUUUUGGUAGCUAUAGCCGCGUUAAUCGCUAAUACCGUGGCUACUAUCGACUUAGUCAAAACACGUAUCCACGGUGUGGAUGAAUUGGGUUCGGAUGUCCAUCACUCGUCUUUUGGCAGCAGCGUGCAGUUGGAGCGAGACGCGAAUGUGCAAUACACCUUCUACACAGCUGCAGAUGGAGACACAGUCACACCACACAAAUCCAUCAUCAGCUUCAUCGAUUACGCAACUGGGCAGUACUGGGAAGACGUCGUUAGUAUUCGAGAUUCUGAUGGCAGGGGUAGAUACACGUUGAGAACAGUCAAAUUCCCACUCAAAGCGAGCAACUGUCUUGUUAGGUUGUUCGUCGCAGCCAAUGGCGAAAGCAGCGCAUUUGAUAUUGGCACGCUUUCUUUUUCUGAAGACGCAGCAGCGGAAACAACAACCGAAAGCAAGACACCAGAAAAAUCUAUCCUUGCACCACUCCCUGAGAUAACACACACAUUCAAAACUGAACCAAAACAUACACCUCUAGCUAUCAGUGGGUUGGCUGCUAUAUUCAUCAAUGGAUUACCUUUGCUUGUGCUUCUAGGAGCUAUAUCAUACAUCCCGCUCAACCUCAGACAAUCUCACAGCAAUCUCGCUUUCAUUGGCACUAUAAUAGCCUUUGAAGGUCUCCUGCUUACAUACUGGGUCAAGCUGACACUAUUUCAAUUCAUACCAUUCGCUGUGCUCAACGGUCUUGCUCUCUUCGUAUCGGGAAAUCGAGCUUUAAGAGUAUUAAAGAAGAGGCGCGAGGUAGCGUAA